CGGAACGUGUACGGAACGCGCUUCACGACAUCAGACGACUAUGGGCCGAGAAACCCGUCCAGAAAAACGAAUGAGGGACUAAAUCCACUGCAUCUCGAGUGCCGAAUAUAUCGUCUACACCAAACGAAUUAGACAGCCCAGAUCCCAGGACUUGCAUCUUUCAUAUACUUACCACCCCCUACCUCACAAACCUCGACAACUGCAAGUGGUUAAGCUCGAGAAUAAUGGAGCCAAUCCGUCUCGGCAUUAUAGGCUAUGGCUUCUCUGCCAAAUGCUUCCAUCUGCCAUUCAUCAACGCGUGCCCGGACUUCAAGGUGGUGGCUUUCUUUCAACGAACAGAGGCACCAAAGGACCCUAAGAGCGCAGAGCCCGGGUCACAUUGCACAGUCGACUAUCCCAACACCAAGCACUAUCAGAAUGCAGACGACUUCUUCGCCGACAAGGACAUUGAUGUGGUGAUUGUGUGCAGCAAACAAGACACGCAUGCCGAGUAUGCCGAAAAGGCCCUGAACGCUGGGAAACACGUUGUUGUGGAGAAGCCUUUCACCAGGACGACGGAAGAGGCCGACCGUCUCAUUUCCCUGGCAAAGAAGAGUGGCAAGAUCUUGACAGUCUUCCAGAACCGAAGAUGGGAUAACGACUUCCUAACCCUUCGACAUCUAAUCGACAAAGACGCCUUUGGGACGAUCAAAGAAUGCGAAAUCCACUACGACGUCGACUUUCCCUUCUGGAUGAGAGGCAUGAACAAGAAGGAGUACUCGCCGGGAGACGGCAUGACUUUUGGCCUAGGAAGCCACACCUUCGAUCAAGCACUGCUGCUCUUCGGGCGGCCCAAGUCCGUGACGGGGUUCCUGCGCGUGCUCCGCGGCGUGGACAGCGAGAUCGAGGACAGUUUCACGGCCAUCCUGCAGUAUGACGGACCGCAGCAGGAGCUGCUGGUGACGGUGAAGACGAUGGUGGUAUCGACGAUGAAGGACCAGCUCAAGUAUUUCAUCAGGGGGACGAAGGGGUCGUUUGUCAAGCAUGGCACAUGCGUCCAAGAAGAACAGAUCCUGUCGACGCCGUCCAUGCCCGUGACGGAUCCGGACUUCGGCCGGGAGCCGCCGCACCUGCACGGCCUACUGACGACCAAAGGCGAGCACGCCUUUGACCACGCGCACCAGAUCUACGAGCCGGACUUCAAGCUGUUCGUGGGCCGCUACCCGACCGUCCCGGGCCACUGGCUGGGCUUCUACGAGAACCUACGGGACGCCGUGCGCGGCCAGGCCGAGGUCGCCGUCAGGCCCGAGCAGUCGCGCGACGGCAUCCGGCUGAUCGAGCUGGUCCGGCUGAGCAGCCAGAAGGGCCAGGCGGUCGAGUGGCAUUGAACCGUCGCGGAGCGGCGGCGGAGAGAGAUGGACGACGGAGGACGGUGGACGACGACGGCGACGACGGCGACCAGGGCGAGAGAGGGCAGAGAAUUCCACAAGCAGGGUGAAUCACAGGGUGAACCAAAACCAUGUUCGAGCUAUGACACGCGAAACGAGUGUACAACUGAGUUCUCUUACAAGACAAACAAGCGGACAGAGCAGUUGAGCAGAAGAAAAAGGGCUCAUGAUAUUCGACGGCCUCCAGUCUCUGUAGCCAUAUUCAUCCGCCAGUACCACUCCCUGUAUGAUCCCAUCAACACUGGACUUGCCGGGCUCGUUC